CUUUACGCAGCUUCUGACUCUCCCACUUGUUCUCUUUCGCUUAGCACCACUGCCUCCAACCUCACCACCUUUGCUACCCUGCGCAGAGCAAGAUGACCCAGACUAACGGCACGCCAUCCGUCACCGUCGACGGCAUCCUCUUCGACAUGGACGGCACGCUCCUCGACUCGACACCGGCUGUCAACGCGACAUGGGAGCAGUAUGCGCGCGAGUUCAACCUCGACCUCGAGCAUGUGCUGAAGACCUCGCACGGCCAGCGCUCGAUUGACAACAUGCGGAUCUUCUGCAAGAUCACCGAGCCCGAGGCGCUGCACCGCGAGGUAGUCCGCUUCGAGACGAUGAUCGUGGACGAAGCCCAGCGCCUGAAGGACGAGGGCAAGCGCGGCCUCGUCGUGCUCCCCGGCGUAGUGGACAUGCUGACGACGCUGAACGCGGCGCCCUCGCCCGUGUGGGCCAUCGUCACCUCCGCUACACGCAAGUACGCGUCGCGCGCCCUCGCGACGGGCGGCAUCCCGCCCUACCCCGCCCUCGUGACCGCGGAUGACGUGAGCCUCGGCAAGCCCGACCCCGAGCCGUACCUCGCGGGCGCGAAGAAGCUGCGUCUCGACCCCGCGCGCUGCAUCGUCGUCGAGGACGCGCCGACGGGGAUCAAGAGCGGCGUCGCGUGCGGCGCACAGGUGCUUGCUGUGUGCACGUCGCAUCCGCGCGAGGAGCUCGAGGGGCUCGGCGCCGCGUGGAUCGUCGACGACUUGACGAAGGUGCAGGUGGAGGUUGUCGAGGGCGGAGUCAAGGUCACGAUCGUGGAAUAGAUAGAUUGUAUCUUACAUUGCAUGCAUCGCGUGCU